CACAGUACCUGAAGGCCUCAACAGUCACGUGGAAAAUCACACGGAAAGACGGAAAUGCAGCUGAGCUACAACUUGUGACAACAACAGAAGAAGAAUGACUACAGCGGCUCUGACUGCGGGUCUGGAGCGGAUCCCGGAUCAGCUCGGGUACCUGGUCAUCAGCGAGGACGGAGUUCUGGCUUCUGCAGGUGAGCUGGAGAACGACGAACACACAGCAGGUGUGAUGAUGCAGAUGGUUCGAACAGCGAGUCGGUUCAGGUUGGCUGGAUCAGUGGAGCCGCCUUUCAAACGCAUGUCAGUGAUUCUGGAGGACUUCGUUUACACGGUGACGGUUUCCGGUCAGAAGGUUUUUGUGGUCAAACGUCAGAACAACCAGCAGGAACCGAUCAGUGUUUAAGAGGCGGAGGUCAGGUGGUCUGACGGGGAAGGUCAGAGGUCAACAGCGGGUCCAUCAGAGCGACCUGCAGCUGGAUGUUUCCGUGUUUGAUUCACAUAAAGUUUUGUAUGUUUGAAUUUGUGUAUUUAACCUGCGUGACUGAAAAUAAAACCUCAUGAAUCUUUA